GAGAGAGAGAGAGGGAGGGAGGCGCAGGGGUUGGGGAGAUGAAAGCUGGAUGGAGGAUUACCAAUAUUUCAUACUCUUAUACUCUUCCCUCUUACAGCAUGGGUCGGAACAAACAAAAGGACAAUGAUUUACUACCUCCAACCCGGCGGAUUUAAAAACCUUCCUGAGUUGGGGCCAGCGGUGCUGUACUGAGAAACCUUGGUGCGAGGCUGCAAGAUCGCCUGCUUUCCAAAAAGAACAUCAAAACUGGGGAUUUAAAUAAGAAUUCCAUCAUUUUCUCUCUCUCUCUCUCUUUCUUUCGUUCUCCCUCUAUCUACCGCCCCUCAAGCCAAACAUUGAAUGGACUUUUAUUUUCGUUUCGUCUCCAAUCCGAACAGGAAUGACCCCCAAAGCAAGAUUCCAGAAAAACGCCGCGGAUUACAAUUUCCCUCGAAGAUUGGACAAGUGAUUUUUUGAAUCGAUUUCUUCUCUUUUCGCGAGGCGGGGAGGGUGCUGAGGGGGAAUAAAAAGAGGCGCACACGCAAUGUUGCUGAUGGGGAUUUAUUUAAUCUUGACACUUAUUGAUGGACUGUCGAAUGUGGAGGGGAGUCACAAUGACUGCUUGCAAGCCAGUGAGACCUGCAUCAAUGACCCCAAGUGUAGCCCCAAGUACAGGACAUUUCGCCAAUGCAUGACGGGCAGCAGCGCUGCUCCACUUGGGCCUGGAGCCAAGAACCAGUGCAUUAGUGCGGUCAUGUCACUCCUGUCCAGCCCGCUGCACAACUGCAAGUGCAAACGAGGUAUGAAGAAGGAGAAAAACUGUCUUGGGAUCUAUUGGAGCCUGCAUCAGAGCAUGGCACAAGGUGAAGAAACUGAUGACAGCUCACCCUAUGAGCCCAGCAAGAGGGGAUAUGACUAUGCCAGACUGGCCUCAAUAACAGCAGGAUCAGACAUUGGCAUCACACGGGCCAACCGCUGCCUGGACGCAGCCAAAGCCUGCAACGUGGACGAGUCGUGUCAGAAGCUACGGACGGAGUACGUCUCCUCCUGCAUCAAACGCUCCAGCAAGGCCGAGACCUGCAACCACCCCAAGUGCCACAAGGCCCUCCGCAAGUUCUUCGACCGCGUCCCUGUCGAGUUCACGCACGAGUUGCUCUUUUGCCCCUGCGAGGACACAGCGUGCGCGGAGCGCAGAAGGCAAACCAUCGUCCCCUCGUGUUCCUACUAUGUGAAAGAGAAGCAGAACUGCUUGACACUACUGGAGUCAUGCAAAAUGAAUGUUGUUUGCAGAUCACGGUUAGCAGAGUUCCAAACGAGCUGUCAGCCUUCUACACAGUCUGUGAGUGGUUGUCUCAGGGAGAACUAUGCUGCUUGUCUGCUCUCCUACACUGGCAUUAUAGGUACUGUAGUCACACCAAACUAUAUCGACAAUUCCAGCUCUAAUGUGGCACCCUGGUGUACCUGCAGUGGCAGUGGAAACCACAGAGAGGACUGUGAGGGCUUCCUCAACCUCUUCACGGAUAAUAUCUGCCUCAAGAAUGCAUUUCAAGCAUUUGGAAAUGGGACAGAUCUUAACACAGGCUCCAGUGUUCAACAGUCAACUCUCCCCACAUCGCAGACCAGAAUGGACAAACACUCAAAUGACACAGAACUUUCACACUUAGAUGAAAAUAUGUUUGACCCAUCACUAACUACACAGGUCGCUGACGAGAGACCACUGUGGAGAGAGUCGACACGCUCGGCCUCCGAGGCCUUGGGCCUGGCGGUGGCUGUGGGCAGCCAAGCGGAGCUGGUCUGGGGCCUCCUGCUCGCCUCCUUCCACCUCCACUUUACAAUGUGAACAAUCCAGAGGCUGGACAGAUCCACACCUCUCUCUCUCUCUCUCUCUCUCCACGCUCACACAAAACACCAAUGUAUUAUUAAACUUCAUCCAGCUCUCUCCCUGGGAGGGGG